AUGCCAAGCAACAUAGGACUCACCAGUGUUCCUCAGGAACUGCCUACAUACACCAUCGAGCUUUACUUGGGUUACAACGUCAUCACAACCUUAAGUCAGUCCGACUUCUCCAGCUACAGCAGUCUCAGAGAAUUAGAUCUUCAAUACAACCAGAUCUCCGUAAUCAACAGCAGAGCGUUCUACAGCUUAACCAGGUUAUAUACCCUGGACCUUAGUGGUAACCGGUUAACCAGUCUCCGAUCUGACGUGUUUGAAGGACUUGAUAACUUGCGGUAUCUUUACCUGGAUCACAACAGCAUCAACAUUUUCCCUGAGGCCUUAUCACUUGUAAAUAUUUUAACCAUAACGAUGCACCACAACCAAAUGACCACCCUCCCGUCAACAGCAUACGACAUUCUGGCCUCCAUCUCAUAUGUUGACAUCAGCAACAACCCCUGGCACGGUUUUCUGGGCGUGGCCGUCGGAAUCCUUAUGACUUUGGCCGUUUUCCUUGUCAUCUGGUAUAGAAAGAGAAAGAGAAAAACCAGUCCUGUCCCUGCCCCAGACACACCACAGGUCACAACCAGGGACGGUCAUGACGUCACGGGAACAGGUGCAGCAGAGUCUGAUGACGUAGAGCGUGCCCUUGACCCGGAACCUUGUGACCUUGACAUCGGUUACAGGCUGGUGCGCCCUUCCCUUCCUCCCAUAGAUGGAACAGGUGAUAGUUAG